AUCGAACGAUUUAACUAUUAACGACUUAAUUAAAAAUUUUACGUUUGUCUAUAAAGUAAGAUAUUUUAUAAGAUUUGUGAGCGAUAUGAAAAUAUGCAAAAUAUUUGUGCAAAUAUUGCACGUACCUGAUUAAACAGCGCGUGUCCAGCGUUGAAGUUACGCCGCAAUUUCCACGAAACACAGAUUGAAACUUCACGGAAUACAAACAGAAGAGCGGAAGGACUGCUAUAAAUACGGUUGAUUUACAAACGUCACAAGAGCUGCAUACUGUGGCGGAUGCGCGAUGUUUGUCAUGAAACAAAGAUAAGCGUGGAAAAUACACGUGUUUUCUAUUCGAUUCUAGAAUCAUGCAGGAUACAGGAUGUGAAAAUUUGCCAAAUAAUUAAUUUUAUCUAUUAGAAAAUAAAAAAAAAUUUAUCCAAAAAGAAAAUAUAAUGUAAAAAUUGUAUCAACGAUAAUAAUAAUAUGUACGGAAAUAUUUUCUGAUAUAAAGCAGAAUAAAAAAGGAAUUCAAGAUAUGUUCUUAUCAAGUUUUCCAACUGAUUUGAGAAAUGUUGCCACAGAAAUGUCACAUGUAACGAAUUCUUGAAAUAUUCGUAUACGUGAAAAUAUGAUCGAAGGAACAAAAGAGGACGAAUUCACAUGACAAAAGAGUUCGUCAUGUGCGAUUCAAAUACCCAAUAUAAUCACCCAUAUACAUUUUCUUACCAAAAAGAUGUAUCAAAACCGCGACCUUGUUCGCGAGAAGCUCGGAUAAAUCGCAGAACAACAAAAAAAAUAAUAUGGCGAUAAUUUCUCUUUUGUCUAAGUUAAAAGUUCUAACAUCCUGCAAUAGAAUAAUCGAAUCUGCAUUAAUCAAACCAAAUACUGAAAUGUUAUUUUUGACAAAAAGAAGUUUCGUGAACGAGAAAAGAAAAAAUUGGAGCACAGAAUAUCGUUGUCAAGAUAUCAAAAAUUGUCUCAAUGAUAUUUUAAAAUACGAAUCGAAAGAAAAAUUGCCUAUGAUAAAUGAAGAAAGAAACAGGUAUGUGAAUAAUCAUGAAUAUUGUGAUGAAAUGAAGAUGUAUGCCGAAAGAAGAGCUUCCUUGUUCAACAGUGGAUCGUCGAUCUUUUUGCAGUUCCCUUUGGCGCCAAUUUACCAUUCUUGGAAGUUUUCCAAAAAAUUUUGUCCUUCAGCAAAAUACCAUAGUUUGUGUAUUCAAAAGUCGAUGUUAAAAUUUUAUUCUUCUAUGAAAAAUCCAUCCUAUGAAAAAUCUUUAUGUAAAGAUUUGUGGAAGACUGAAGAUUUAUAUGAAGCAAGAUUUUAUUCUAAGAAUAUUCGUAAUUAUUGUUCUUCCAAAAAAUCUUCUUGUGAUAAAUCAAAAUUAAAAGAUUGUGAUAAGAUUGAAACACUUGCGAAACAAGAAAUUUCUAAGUGUUGUUCCGAAGAUCCUUAUGCCUGUACAAAGCCUGAACAUAUGCAAGAAUGUGUUAAACCUAUAACAAAAUGCCUACCACCCGUUGGUGAUACACCAUUCAUAUGUACAUCAACUCCUCGUCCAAGUAUAGAAGAUUAUUGUCCUCCUGAAGUGUAUGGUCACGAAGAAAAGAUUUGGCAAAUAUUAUGUGGUAUUGGAAUGCUUUCGGUAGUAAUUAUGUCGUGUUACGUUUACUCCAGGAGUAAGGAAUGGGAUAAGGAAGAAAGACCUGAAUUCCGUGAUGUCCCUCAUAUGCGGCGAAUAGUUAAGCCUUUUCCAUGGGGUGAUGGCAAGCACACCUUGUUUCAUAAUCCUGUUAGAAAUCCAAUAUCUCCGCACGGUUACGAAGCAGAACAUCCACAUGCAAAAAAAAAUUAAAAUAUCAAUAAAGUAAUUAAAAUAUCAGAAAAUAAUAUAUAAGACAAAAAAAAUAAAAUUAUUUUUAUAAAAAUUUAUAAAAAUUUUAUAAAAAUUCGUCAUGGAAUAAAUAAUUUACUAACAUUAAAUUUAAUUUAGAAUGCACAUAUUAUACAUUUAUAUUAAGAAUAUUCAAAUUCUGCGAUUGUAACGAAUAAAAGAAAUAUUGAAAA